AUGUCAGGCUGCGUUUCUGGCUUCUUCACCUACGAGACGACCAAGUCUGUGGUGGUCAAGAGCUGGUCAGUGGGCAUCAUCAACCGCAUCGUCCAGCUGCUCAUCAUCAUCUACUUUGUGGGGUAUGUGUUUGUCUAUGAGAAGGUGUAUCAGGUGAAGGACACGGGGAUCGAAUCCUCCGUCAUGACUAAAGUAAAAGGGAACGGAGUGUUUAACGGUGAGGUGAUGGACGUGGCUGAUUACGUGCUACCACAGCAGGGUACCUCUGUGUUCUGCAUCAUCACCAGGAUGUUCGUCACGCCCAAUCAGAAGCAGGGUACCUGUGCUGAGACUGAAGCUCAUUUUAACUGUAACACGGACGAGGACUGCAGGAAGCACGUGUCGUCCAACAUGGGGAACGGAAGGAUAACGGGAACGUGUGUGAUUAGUGAAAAUCGAUGUGAGAUACAGGGCUGGUGCCCAGCAGAGAACGACACCCAGGCCAAGAAGCUAAAAAAUCCCAUGAAGGAGGUGGAGAACUUCACCAUCUUUGUGAAGAACAGCAUCCGCUUUCCUCUCUUCAACGUCAGGAGGGGGAACAUCCUUCCCUCCACGCCCAACCUGAACUGUCUGUACGAUCCUCACGAGAACUCGUACUGCCCCAUCUUCAGGGUGGGUGACGUGCUGAGGUACGCUGGAGAAAACUUCUCCAUCAUCUCACAGAAGGGAGGUGAGAUUGGGAUUAACGUUGUGUGGAAGUGUAAUCUGGACCGGCCGGUUGAAGACUGCAAACCCAAAUAUCUGUUCACCCGUCUGGACUCGACUUUUAACGACUCCAACAUCUCUAAAGGGUUUAACUUCAGGUUCGCGAAGUACUACAAGGACAACGGCACCGAGUCUCGCACGCUGUAUAAAGCCUACGCCAUCCGCUUCUACAUCAUCGUUUCAGGAAACGCUGGAAAGUUCAGCAUCAUCCCCACGCUGAUUAACGUGGUAGCCGCCUGCACGUCUGUGGGUCUGGCGACCGUCCUCUGUGACAUCAUCCUGUUAAACUUCAUCAAGGAAGCCGAACAGUACAAGGCGAAGAAAUUCGAGGAGGUUUCAGAGUCUUUCAAGGCGUCCUGGAGUAACUCGGGGAGCAAAAAGAUCCGCAGGGAGAACAACUCCACGGACUCGGGAGCGUACGCCAUCGGACAUCCUGCAGAACCUCUGAAUAAAUACUAACCUUCGUCAUGCCCUGUUCCCUCAGACCUACAGAGAUCCAGUCAGGCUUACAAACACCCCCCCCCCCCCCCUUCCUUCCGGUACCAAAAAAAAACAUGGGACGGUAGGAAGAAUGUCAAUAAUAAGAGACAGCAGUGAUUUCAUUCAUUUAUUCAUCUGUUUUACUCCUGGUCAGGGUCCCGGUGGGUCUGAUUUACUGGGCAAAAGGCUGGAAACACCCCGGAGAGGUCGACAAUUCACAGGGCGCGCACACACACACACACACACACACACUUAUUUCUAAAGGCUCUAGGCUAGCAGCUCUGACUGCACAUUUUUCCACUGUGGGAGGAAACCCACACAGUCGUGGGGAGAACAUGCAAAACUCCACACAGUAAGGGAAUCGAACCCAGACUUAUAAAUCUACUUCCAUUUUAUUUUAUUUGUCAUGUUUUAUCUCCGCUUUAUCGUGGUCAGGGUCGCGGUGGGUCAGAUUUACUGGGAGAAAGGCAAGAAACACCCUGGAGAGGUCGCCAGUACAUCACAGGCCACACACACACACACACACACACACACACACACUCACUCAGGGUAAUUUUUAGUAUCUCCAGUUGUGGAAGGAAACCAGAGCACCCGGAGGAAACCCACAUGGAGAAUGUGAGAACAUGCAAAACUCCGAACAGAAAGCCAUCAAACCCAAAACCUUCUUGCUGUGAGGCUCCACCAUGCCGUCCCUCCUCAGCCCUUAUUUUAACUUUAUUUCAUGUUUAGGGUCUUGGUGGGUCUGCUUUGCCCCGGAAUCACUUUUUUUCAAGCGACCCACAUUUUGUCUGUGAUUUUUUUUAUCUCACUCUCUCUGUGGUUUACAAGAUGUAACAUAAAGUCUCCACAAGGGGGCGCUCAUGUACACGUUUAUUUCAUUAUUAGUAUUUUUCUUAGCGACCCCCGGGUGAAAAACCCGGUCCUAGUGGGUGGAGCUUUGAGCUAUCAGUCGGGAGAUUGGCGGUUCAAAUCCAGGCUCUGCUAUGCAGCCACUAUUGGGCCCUUGAGCAAGGCCCUUAACCCUGUCUACUCCGGUGGCACAGUACAAUCACUGACCCUGCGCUCUGACCCCGGCUUCCAAACAAGUAAUUUCAUUCUCCUGUACACGUGUAGACGUACGGAUGAUCAAUAAAGUGUGAAUAAAAUCUGAC